CAUUUAUCCAUCCUUCCGCUUUGGUACGGCACCGCCGGCCACCCUCGCCGUGGCGCGCCUAUUUAACCACCUCGCGCUCUCUCCCGCGCGCCUCACUGCCUCGGCUAGUCCAAACCGCAGGCUCCCAACCAUGCAAUCCCACGCCGCCCACGCCCUCGGGCUCCGUGGCCCCCCUCCCGCGCUCCCCGGCCGCCGCCGCGCUCGCCCGUGGCGGCGCCCCGCCACGGCCGUCCGCGCCGCCGUGGCGCCGCAGAGGGAGACUGACCCGAGGAAGCGGGUGGUGAUCACGGGGCUGGGGCUGGUGUCGGUGUUCGGGAGCGAAGUGGACGGCUUCUACGACCGGCUCCUGGCCGGGGAGAGCGGGGUGCGGACUAUCGACCGGUUCGACCCCGGCAGCUUCCCCACGAGAUUCGCCGGGCAGAUACGGGGGUUCUCUUCGGAGGGGUACAUCGACGCCAAGAACGACCGGAGGAUGGACGACUGCAUCCGGUACUGCAUCGUCAGCGGCAGGAAGGCGCUCGAGAGCGCCGGGCUCGACAGAGGCUCCGACGCGCACGGCAAGAUUGAUCUAGGGCGGGCUGGUGUUCUUGUGGGAACUGGCAUGGGUGGCCUUUCAGUGUUCUCCAAUGGUGUUCAGAACCUUAUUGAGAAGGGAUAUAGAAAAAUUUCACCAUUCUUUAUCCCAUAUGCUAUAAGUAACAUGGGCUCAGCUUUGCUUGCUACGGAUGUUGGUUUCAUGGGUCCCAAUUACUCAAUUUCAACUGCAUGUGCAACCUCCAACUACUGCUUUUAUGCUGCUGCGAACCAUAUUCGUCGUGGUGAGGCUGAUGUUAUCGUUGCUGGUGGAACUGAAGCAGCUAUCAUUCCAAUUGGCCUUGGAGGUUUUGUGGCCUGUAGAGCACUAUCACAACGGAAUGAUGACCCAGAAACUGCAUCUAGGCCAUGGGAUAAAGAGCGAGAUGGCUUUGUUAUGGGUGAAGGUGCUGGUGUACUGGUUAUGGAGAGCCUGGAGCACGCUAUAAAGCGUGAUGCACCAAUAAUUGCUGAAUACUUAGGAGGUGCGGUUAACUGUGAUGCUUACCAUAUGACCGAUCCAAGAUCAGAUGGAUUGGGUGUAUCAUCCUGUAUUGCAAAGAGUCUAGAAGAUGCAGGUGUUGCGCCAGAGGAGGUGAACUACAUCAAUGCACACGCAACUUCUACACUUGCUGGUGACUUGGCUGAAGUAAGAGCCAUCAAGCAAGUCUUCAAGAAUUUGUCGGAGACUAAGAUUAAUUCAACAAAGUCUAUGAUAGGACAUUGCCUGGGCGCAGCUGGUGGGUUAGAAGCUAUUGCCACUAUCAAAUCCAUAACCAAUGGAUGGGUCCAUCCUACCAUUAACCAAUUUAACUCAGAGCCUGAAGUUGACUUUGAUACAGUAGCUAAUGAAAAGAAGCAGCAUGAAGUGAAUGUUGCCAUUUCCAACUCAUUUGGAUUUGGAGGGCACAAUUCGGUGGUAGUAUUCACGCCGUUCAAGCCAUGAUUUGCCUUAGCUUCCAAAACAUACAACCCGGCACGUGACAUUCUCUCGUGGCUGAUAAUUUAGCAAGGAGAAUGCCUUUAUGUAGCAUGCUUGAUUUUAUACCGGCUUUUGUUCGCCUUCAAGGAGCAAGUUUUGAUGAUUGCUUGAGCCGUUGUUUAUACGAUUAUUCUUUCGGGUGCUCCCCGAUUCCUCGUGUGUACAGUGUUGUAAGAAACUGGAACAUUGUAAAGAAUCCUCAGUAAUUUCUAAUUUGGUUAUAUAGUUUGAUAGUUUCUCCGC